CAGAGACCGUUUGGUGUCCCACACGCUGAGCCACCUUGCCGCCGCUUCUCCUUGCCUGUAGUUCUUCCACCGGAGAGCUUGCGGGAAGAAAGAAUGCCAAAGUCGCGGUUACGAGCACAGUCGCCGACCUCUCCGAUCCUAAGCCCAUAUCUUAGGGACGCAUCGCCUCGGCCGUCAUCCGUCCUCCUCGAGGACGGCGACCAGGACUCCCUCAUGUCCUCCUCAAGGCCAUCGACGAUGGCCUUCUUGCCUCCCGCCUCGGCGGGCACAAGCACAACAUCACCACCGUCAUUGCGAGACAUUUUGUCCAACACCGCACCACCUCCGUACUCUCUUGGCGCCUUCAUGGCUUUCUUGUCUCAGAACCACUGCCUGGAAACGCUCGAGUUUACCAUGGAUGCUGAACGUUAUAGGUCCGCCCACACCGACAUCUUGCAAGGGCAAUCAAGCUGGGCGGCCGAUGCCAAUGAGCGCGUGCGUUCGCUGUGGCAGAAACUAAUAAAUGCCUAUAUCCUGCCCUGCGGCCCUCGCGAAGUGAAUCUUCCUGCCCAUGUCCGCGAUCGGUUACUGUCCCUCCCAGCAAUUCCCACACCCCCGCUGCCUUCGGAGCUCGACGAGGCAGUCACGAUCGUGUACGAGCUCAUGAACGACUCGGUGCUGGUACCCUUCCUCGCGUCGGUCGCUGCGUCGCACGAGAUUGAGGACCAAGAGAUGCAAGAGCCAAGGCAAGGGAGGUCGCGACUGCGUAUUCCAAAGGAUAUGACGUCUUUCUCGAACCCGGACGAGUCGAACAGAUCAUCAAAGGCCGGGUUUUUGCCAAUGCUCAACAUGGCAUGGUCCAGUGAACCCGCGCACCGCACCGGCUCGUCGUCGAGCGAGCCGGUGGAGCGCGAGGGCGGCCUGUCUGACGACACUGAGGGUUCGGGAUCUCCAUCCGGGAACGAACCAAUGACCCCCCCAACAACGCCGCCAACGUCCGACUGGGCAUUCAGCACUUCUCCUAGAAGCUUACAUAGGGCGAUCAGCGCACACAACAACGGAUGGAAGAAGAUGGGAGCGAAGCUUGGUUUGAGUAGGAAGAGUCGCAACAAGCGACUUCACAACGCAAGCGUCACUUCCGCCACCUCCGAUACCGAUGUUCCCAUGGGCGAGCCGAGCCAGAGCAACAGCAGCGGCCCCCUAUUAUAGGGAUUACAGGUCAUGCAAGUACUCGAAGCACAAAUUACAGCCCCUUUGAAACGCCCCUUGUCCACCCCAACAGACGAAAGGUUCGGCGACGAUAUUACGCAGCCGGCGGCAGAGAUGCCGUCUCUGCGCAAGUCGAACGAUUGGGAGGAGCCUCAUCCUGGCCAGCGUUUUCCGCUUCCUACGGCGGGGACCGCAGACC